AUGGAUGCCCCUUUGUCGCCCAGCGCACGGCCACCGACGGCCAAGACGGGGAUUCCAAGCCCGCCCCUUAAACAAAGAAAAACGUCCGCGUCAACAAUUGAAAAGGUGUCUGAGGGGAAAGGGAAAGGAAAAGAGCCCGUCACGCCGGCGGCCAUAUUGUCCAAAAGUAGUCGCCGCUUAUUAACUCCUAUUGAGGAGGAUGAUAAGGGUCCCUAUGCUCAAUUUGAUCACCCCGGGCCUCAACCCAAACCAACCAACGACCCCAUCAAUGACGGCGUUGUACUCGAGGAAAAACUACUUGGCCCUGACGGAAACUGGCAUUCUGAGGACAAGACACGAGAUGCAAGUAUCUUUGUAGGAAGGCUGUUCGGUGCCCCAGCCAAUACUCGUAUCCACAAGGAGGAGAUAGGCCAGUACAACAAUGAGCCAUCUCCUCGCAAACCCGUUCCGGUAUGUGAAGGCUUAGCGACCCCACCAGCCGAAUCAGCCCUGCCGCCAGGUAACAAGACUCAAAAAUCUAACACGGCUACGAAUCUCUUCAAGCCCAAGCCACCCAAUGGUCCUCACAACCUGUUGCAAUUGGAGAACCUCCCACAACGCGCAUCUCAAUCAACCGGCAAAAGGCUCAAACCUUGCAUAAUCAGGGCAAGCAAGUUGGUCAUACAACAACCGAACUCUCAUGCACCCGAAGUAGCUUCGGGGUCCUUUGCCGCGGCGCAGUCACGUCUGGUCACAACCACUGGGCAGCCUGUUUGCCCGUCAGAGUUUCCACUGUCGCAAGCUCAGCCAUUGUACCCGUUGGAACCUUGGGGACAGUUGGGAGCUCCCGCUCCCCCUGACCGCAAUUCCAACCUGCCCUUUGGCCCUUCGGGCUCCCAUUCCUACCAACAACCCCCUCCGCCCAAUUGGGCACCCUCACAGGCACCUCCCCCGGUUGCAACCAUUUUGACCACAACACAGGACCCACAGGACCUUCCGGCUCAGGACCUUCCGGCUCAGGUUCCACCGCCCAUCAAGCACCUCACCUAA